AAAACAGAGCUCUCAGAUGAGGCAAAAUUGGACAGCCGAGAAACGUCCGAAAAAGUUGGUGAGAUCAAAAGAGGCACAGAAUAUAGAUUCAAACGACUGUUUGGCUAUAAAUCUAAAGAUGCGGACGAAUUCUAUGAUGCAUCGUCAGCUCCACCGGAAAAUCGACUUGGUGAUCAAGAGCAUAAUCGGCCGUCAGAUUCGGCUCAGCAAGCACCAGACCAAAAGCCGUUUAUAUCAGAGUUAUCAUGGGAGAAAUCGGGUACGGCAAGAGCGGAUUCGCAUGGAGAAUUCACUGGGCGAAAAACUCCGGAGAAAGGACACCGAUCUGUGGUUCAUGUAGAUGCAAACAGCGGUGGCGAAACAUCGGACGAGCCGUAUAAGUUCACGCAAACACCGCCCGAUGUCCCAGUUUCAGUGGUUCAAACAUCCGAAACAAAAGGGUCGCGCGGCUUUGUCGAACAGAUCAAGCGACAAGUGACGCAGGUGUGUAUCUGCAAAACUCAUGCAAGACGAUCUCUUAAGUACCUCAAGAUUUUCCAGCGGAUUCCUUUUGGUGGUAGCUCGCAAUAG